CGCUGGGGCAUUGGGUAGAGUCAUUGCCGAUAUUCUUCCUCAUCUUCACAAUUCCAAUCAGUUCAAAGUCAACCGAUCACUCGGUCAGUGCUGUGUUGCGAUCGCUUCUUCUUUUUUUUUUGUUAUUUCAAGCUAAAAGAUAAAGAGACUUUUUUGUUGAUCUGUUGUAAAGUGCGUUUUCUUGGUGGAAAUAGGCAGUGAGUGAUGCAAUUUAUUGACCAUCGCGAAGAUACUGCAUUUUGUCACCUCUUUCUGCUCAUCUAUUGAUCUCAAGAACAGUCUAAGGAUUAAGGAUUUUAGCUUGGUGUACUUUUGUCCCAGAAUCAUUUGGAUUUUGAGAGUGUUUACCACAAUGAAGCGCACACAGUUUGUUGCACGCUAUUUCAAUUUCUUGCACAUUUUCGUGAUUGUGAUGAAAUGCGGCAUGGCCAUUGAGUCAACAGCAUCAACAGCUGCAACAUCGACAGAAUCACCACCAAUCUACAUCACUUCCAGUGCUGAUCAACCAAAUCCAGUGGCUGCUUUUGUCAACAGUGCCGCAGUUUCCGGGCGGGCUCUGUUUUCACCUCGUGUUGAUUACAAUGAAUGGAUGCCCGUGGGACGGGGAGAUCCACUGAAGAAUGAUCCCACAUAUGACUACAGUCCUCCUUUCCUCGAGCGCGUUCGAUACUGGGAAUCUGGCAAGCAGGAAAAGAGUGGAGAGAUUCUUCUUCUGGGAGUGCCAUCGAAGAAGCCCAGUGUCCCUUCCAGGAAGGACUUCAAGUACCUCACGAUGCGGAGGAACUUCUAUCAGUUGCCAACAAUUUUGAUGCCUCCACCGAUGCAGACCACAGAAAAAUAUCAUACUCCCAUGGAGUCCUGGACCCAGAGACCUAAGGAUUCCAUGGCUGAGGCUUCUAUGAGCGUUGGAGCUCCCUUCAAGUCCAACUACAAGCCACUGAGUGCCAUGAAUUAUGGAGAAAUUAAGCCAGUAAAGGCUUCCUAUCUCCAUGCAAUCCUGCAGAAGGAGACCCUUCAGCGCCCUACAACUCCUUCACCCAGCUCUACCACCUCAUCUGUUGUCAUGCAGAAAGUUCCUAGUGUCUUCGAAGUGCACCAAUCCACAGCUAUUGUCACCAAGACAACUCCCAAUCAACAAAUUGAGACAACCACGCAUUUUGUGCCCACAGCACCUCCAACUCUCACCACAGAUGCUUACUUCUCGCACUACAAUCAACCACCGGCUCCCAUUUCCGGACCCAUGUACCUCAUCAUUGAGGGACACUCAAAGGUAAAGACAUACAGUUCCAGCGAUCCUCCAGAUGGAAAGCAUCAUGCCAACAUUGUUCCAGUGGUCAGUACAGAGGACCCAGUGGUCAGGAGGGUUGUUAAUGAUGAAGUCAAGCACCUCCACUUUAGAGCUCCAGAAGUCAAGCGAAAACCGCUUCCAACGAGGACUUCAGCUAUGGAUAGUCUACUGAGCCUCCUGGACGUGUCCUUUGGGAGUCUUCUGAGUGAGGAAGCUCAGGAAGAUCAGAAUAAUUCAAUAGAUUCCAAUGCCCUGGAAGGAGGGGAUAAAAGACAAGCGCGAACCUUUAAUUUACAAGACGCCGAUAAAACUUCUUAAUCUUAUUCAAAUCAGCAGAUCCGAUCCAAAAAGCUCUUUUUAAGAUUUCAUGCUGGAAGCUUAAAAGAAAAAUUGUGUUUUUAACUGGCAUUUCUAUUGAACAAAUAAAAGACAGCAGUAUAAAAAUAUUUACAAAAUAUUUUCACAUGAUUGUAGUGCUCUAAAACGAUUAUCAUACGGGCUUCAAACCUGAAAGCCAUACGAUUUAGCUUGUCUCAUUUCUUAUCAGUCCGGAUUUUUUGAAAAAAAUGACUUAGGUUUGAAUAUUUAAGGUGAAUGACUUAUUAUGCAAGAAAACAAUAAAAUUGAUUACUAUUUUUAUGAUUUUGAGACCUUCAGGAACUAGGCUAAACUUCUAGUUUGUAGACCGCUUUGGUUAGUCCUAUCCGAUUUUAAUUGUUUGAAGAAUUUUAAAAUCGCGCUUAAUGCAAAACUUUGCAAACUAGAUCCGUAAUUAUUGCACUUUUUCUCUUUAUUAAUAAACUAUUUCUAAUAAUUUUUCGGACAUGCUUAAAAAUAACUUCUGGCGUAUUUAAUAAUAUUUUAGAAAAUUUAAUAACAUUAUUACAGCUUUUAGAAACAAACAUUCAGAAUCAGAAUUAGUGGAUAUGUCAAAAUAUCGGACACCUUGGAAUAUCGGACAUUUCUUUUUGUUUCUCAAAAUUGCCAAAUUUUUAGUUUUUUUUUCAAUUUCUAGGGAUUUUAUGUAGCCAAAUAAACAAGUGAGCGUUGUUUCUCUGAA